AGUUAGUGCGGAUUUGCGAAGACGCGAAAUCGGUGGAAAUUUGACGGGACAGAGGGACUAGACGCAGCUCAGGUGUCGCACUGUUAGCAUCAGCAGCUGUGGCUCUGAAUUAACAUGCUAAUGGCCGAGCCUGAAGAAGCCAGCGCUCGUAGCGGCACUCGCAGAAAGCCAAGUGUCCAAAUGGCGGAAAAGAGUACCUGAGGACAUCAUCCAGGUCACCUAAAGGACUGGGGUUUUUCACGGCGGCAAGAUGUAGCGGCGGCUACCGGACAUGCUACCUGCCAUUCAGGGCAUGCGAGCCCAAGAAAUGAUCAGCAUGGAAGCGUGGCCAUCGUCUCUCAUUCAGAUUCACGAGAACAACACAGAGAAACUCAACGCUUCCUCGAGCUUCAAUACAACUGGUUUGGCAAAGACUUCAGACACGUACCAGUUCUACAUCAUCAGCCUGUUCCUCUCUUGCCUGUACACCAUCUUCCUCUUUCCCAUCGGCUUCAUCGGUAAUAUACUCAUCCUAGUGGUUAACCUAAAUCACCGGGACAAAAUGACCAUCCCAGACCUGUACUUCGUAAAUCUGGCGGUGGCCGACCUCAUCCUAGUGGCAGACUCCCUGAUCGAGGUCUUCAACCUGAAUGAAAAGUACUACGACAUUGCUAUCCUCUGCACCUUUAUGUCCCUCUUCCUCCAGGUCAACAUGUACAGCAGCAUCUUCUUCCUGACAUGGAUGAGCUUUGACCGCUAUGUGGCCCUGGCCAGCACCAUGAGCCGCUGCCCCCUUAGGACGAUGCAGCACGCUAAGGUCAGCUGUAGCCUCAUCUGGAUGGCCUCCCUUCUGGCCACACUGCUGCCCUUCACCAUAGUGCAGACUCAGCACACGGGAGAGGUGCACUUUUGCUUUGCGAACGUCUUUGAGAUCCAGUGGCUUGAAGUGACCAUCGGAUUCCUGGUACCCUUCUCCAUCAUUGGGCUGUGCUACUCCCUGAUCGUACGCAUCCUCAUGCGGGCACAGAAGCACCGAGGCCUCUGGCCUCGCAGGCAGAAGGCCCUGCGCAUGAUUGUAGUCGUCGUCCUCGUCUUCUUCAUCUGCUGGCUCCCUGAGAAUGUCUUCAUCAGCAUCCAGCUGUUGCAGGGCACCGCCGACCCCCUGCGUCGUAGUGCUGCCACCCUUUGGCAUGACUACCCCCUCACCGGCCACGUCGUCAACCUGGCUGCCUUCUCCAACAGUUGCCUCAACCCCAUCAUCUACAGCUUCCUGGGGGAGACCUUCCGAGACAAACUGAGGCUCUUCAUAAAACAAAAGGCCAGCUGGUCUAUGUUCUACCGCUUCUGCCAGCACACUUUGGAUUUACGCAUUCCUGUUAGAAGCGAAGUCUCAGAGGUUUAGGGGACGCUGUGGAGCUAAGGCAAGAAAGCGCGACAUGAAGCCAGCAAGAUCCUUUUUAGAGCAUCAAAGUCCGACACUUGUGAAUGAUCCAAACUAUGCUUUUCUCAGUUUUUAUAAGACGUAUAUAAAUUAAUAGGACAAGCCAAGAACCAUAAAUUGGGAUUGGUUUUCAGGAACUGGGUUUAUACACCAAAAGGGGGUUUUGAGGAAUAAAACAGGAACAAAGGAACAAAAUAGAAUAGACAUCGGAGGACUUGUAGUUUCGUUUUACCAAUGCAAUCAUACUGCACUGUGUAGGUAAGCAAAAGCAAUUUACUACAAUGAACACUUGGAUAACAAGUUCUAAUUUCCACUCAGAGCUAGAGGUUUUUUUAUUAUUAUUAUUUUUAUUUCCCCUGCUUAUCAGUAUGCACCAAAUAUCUUUUGUUCUGAAGACAAUAAACGGCUUUGGUAAGAAA